AUGGCUAAAUACACGGAGGACGACGUGAAAAAAGCGCUCUUAGAGCUUUCUUCUGGCAAAGCGCUCCGCGCCACGGCUCAUCGCUUCGGUAUACCACGCACCACACUUCAUAGCCGCCAAGCUGGCUCAAAGAGCCAUCGGGAGGCUGGCGAGCCUCAGCAGCGCCUCUCGAAGGCCCAGGAGAAGCUUUUGAAAGGCCCCCAAUCGCACGAUGCCUAUAGCGGCGACGAAGAAAAGAAAGGUGGAGAGGACAAAGGGAGGUUGGAAAUGUCAUUUUACAUCGAGCGGGCCUCCGACAGAAGCUCCGCCCAAGGUGCGUGCGAUAUUAGGAGGCUUAAGCUCGAGCUCCUUCCCUGGGAGGCGAAAUAUAGCCUCGCAAGCACGACUUCCCCAAGACAAGAGCAGUGGAACGAACAUAGUAGUCCAGCGGCCAGUUACAACGGGAUCAUCUACGGCCUCGGCCGGGCCGUUCUUUGGGCCUCAAUGAAGAAGAUGCCACAACUCGAAAAUGCAGCCCAACAAGACGAAGUGCUGGCGGUAACAUCCAACAUGUCCUCCUCGAUCUGGGAUACCUUCACGGGGCGCAAGUCCCAGCCAAAGCCGCAAUCCCAGACCACUACACCUCCACCCCCCUCGUAUCCCACGACGGCGGCAUUCGAUCCUACAGAAGGCCAGGGUGUCGAGGCCUUCCUCAAGCCAUCCGCCUUUGCCGACCCCUCUUCAUUACAUCCUCUCGCUGGUCUCGAUAAGGAUACCAUUGAGUACCUCUCGUUGGAUGACACUGCCCUUGCCGAGGGCCACACUGUCGUCCCUUCUCGAGGUUUCUUCGACGAUCUUUGCUACGGUACCGGUGUCACAUAUGUAACCGCGCUAGGAAUAGGAGGCGCGUGGGGUCUGCAAGAGGGUUUGAGGAGAUCCCACGGCCAGCCUCCCAAGUUGCGGCUCAACUCAGUCCUUAACGCCGUCACGCGACGAGGUCCCUUCCUUGGAAACUCUUGCGGUGUAAUAGCGAUUGGAUACAACUUCAUCAACUCCUACAUCGGAUAUCUACGGGGCAAGGAUGAUGCGGCGAACGUCGUUCUUGCCGGUGCUCUUAGCGGAAUGGCGUUCCGCAGCACGAAGGGCAUCAAGCCCAUGUUGGUUUCUGGCGCUGUCGUCGGUACGGCCGCUGCUGGCUGGGCGGUCGUGAGACAAAUCUUCUCCCCCGAAGACGAGAAGAAGGCCGAAGUGGCCCUGUGA